UUUAUUGCAGCAUAAAACCGCACUUCAUACAUCACACCGCUGCCUCUCGUGACCAAGUAUCCCCUAACUUCAUUCAACGGCAAAUGUCAAAACGGCAGAUAGUGAGCUACAAUGACCUGUUUUCGGAGACGGAGGAGGCAGGGCAGGCGGGUACGUCCGAACCAGCCCCUAGCAGCGUAGAGGAGACAGCCAAGGUCGAUGUUUCUGAGAUCGUCUCCUGCCAAGGAACAUGGGAUGACAGCGAGCUGAUUCAGGCAUGGGACAGCACAAUCGCAGAUUACCGCAAGCAGCAUGCAAACGUUCUUGGCGAUCAGCAGGCGGCCGAGGAGCGACGCCAGACAGAAAGCAAGGUGGGGGAGUGGAAGGCAGUGGAGGACAUUGAGCAAGUGGAUGCGGGUCGGACAACCAAGCGGGCACGGACAGAAAGCGCAAGCGAAGGCCAUGGAGAAUCUCAGUGCGAAUAUGGCGGGUGGCAAGUGUCAAACCCAGAGCCACCGGCGUCAGAGGAUGACGCAUUGUACCGGCUCAACAUGUCGUGGUACUAUGCGGGAUACUACGCAGGAUACUACCAGGCAUAUCGACACGGCAAGAGCCAAGCCAACACAGACUAACAGGGCUCGCGAGGUCAGGAUAGUUGGUGCCUACUUCGCCUGGCAAAAGCUAUGCUUUGCCCUCCUUCUUCGCCUGAGCCUUCUACAGAGAAAGCAGACCAUGUUUAGCUAGAGAACCAUUCCGCGCUCAAAUAAACCCCUCAUGCGAUUUGUCUCGUUCGUCUUUACUUACGGCCUGCUUCUGGCGCAUAAUCUCCGCAUCGUGCUCCUGCUUCGACUUGAACGAUAUACCGUCGUCCUUCUUGUUGCCACCGGCCUUGGCCUGCUUCUUCAGGUUCUUGGCACGGGCAAGUUCGCGCUGGUUUCCACGGGUCAUGGUGUUUGCUGAGAGUAGAGUGUAUUCAAAGG